AUGAAUAAAUAUAAAUCUCAGUUAGAAGAUCUACCUAAUGAAUUACUCAGUGAAAUAUUUAAAAAUCUUGAUGCACGAGAUUUAUUUCGUGCAUUUAAUAAUCUUAAUAAUCGUUUUAAUCAAUUAAUUCAAUCAUUUCAACAUCUUCAACUGUUUUUUCAUAUGGAUGUAUCAAAUGUUCUUAAAACAAAUGAUGAAAUCUUUUCAUUUUAUGUUUACACAUUAAUUGUUAAUCCAUGGAUUAAUUUUAAUCUUCAAAAUUUUUCAAAUGUACGUCGUCUAAGAUUAAAUAAUCCAUUACCAAAAGUUUUGGAACAAUUACAACCAAAUGUUAUGCCAUAUUUAGAACAUCUAUCUGUUUUUUAUACAUAUAAUAUGUAUGAAAUGGUACUUUUACAUGAAAAAGUUUUUUCAAAUCGUUUUCUUAAUUUAAAAUCAUGUGAAUUAUAUGAAAAACAAACAUUAAUAACAAUACCACAUUGGACACAAUCACCAUCAAUAUAUAUUUUCAAAACUGAAUUUAUUGAUUCAGCUCUAUAUAAAAUAAUUCUUAGUGCAUGUCCAAAUUUAUAUUUUCUCAAAUUUUUAUUGUAUUCAUCGAAUAGAAUACCAACAAAUAUACCAUUACAUAAAAAUCUUAAACAUAUGAUAAUUGAACUUCGAGAAUUCGAUUGGUUCUAUGAUGAUGAUAUAAUAAGUGGAUUUUUAAAAUUUGUACCUAAUUUAGAACAACUUGAAAUACAUCGAAGAAAUUAUUCACAACAUGUUCGAGAAUAUAUUGAAUAUUACGAUUGGUUAGCAACAAUAAUUAAUAUUCGUUUACCAUUAUUACGAAAAUUUUUUUUUAAUUUUCAUUUAUCAAAAGAUGAAAAUCUAAUUGGAUGUAUUGACGAGAAUAUGAUUAUUAAAAUUAAAAGUGACUUUAGUAAUGUACAUAAAGGUCAAUAUAAAGCUCAACUUAUAAUUGACAGAGAAUAA